CCGCCGCUUGCCAUCAAAUUGCAACUGCGGCCAUGUCCUUCUUCGAAGCCAAAGUCAAGAAGCCGAUCGUUGACCUGCUCACGUCGGGCGCCUCGCCCCAUAGCCUUGCGCUCUCGAUGGCCUUUGGCGUGACCUGCGGUAUCUUUCCGAUUCCGGGCGUGACGAGUGUCCCGGUCGUCGCCGCCGUCUUCCUCUUUGGGCUCAACCCGGUUGCGGCGAUGCUCAUGAACUACCUCUGCACGCCGCUCAACAUUGCGUCCGUGCCCGUCUUUGUGGCGUAUGGCGGCCAGUUCUUUGGCGAUGGCGCAGAGGACUUUUCCGUCUCGACGCUACUCCAAGGACUCCAAGACGAUACGCUGGCGACGCUCGGGCAGUUCCAGUAUGUGCUGCUGCACGCCAUCUACAUGUGGCUCGUCUUUCUGCCGGUCGGAACGCUUGCGAUCUACCUCGUGCUCUACCCGAUCCUCAAGGUCAGCAUUGGCAGUGCGACCAAGCCGACAAAGGCCAAGACGACCUAAGAUCUACGACCGACGCCACGUCUUCUCCAAGAGCUUCCGCUAUCAGAAGACAAUAUUGUGUAUUGACCCUUGCCACGAGUAAGACCAAGGAUAAUGCACGCCCUGAGGAUGCAACCGGAGAGGAAUUUAGAGCGGUUUAGAUGCCCAUGCCCACGGGGCUGUACCGCUCCUUCUUCUUCU